GCAUCACGACAGGCAGCAGCAACACCACCGUAUGGUAUGGAUCAUAGGGCAGUGUCAUGCGAAAUCCUACCUCCCAACUUCCAAGCUUAUUCCCGAGUAUCAUCAUGCUGCUUCCACACGUGGGACACUACUCCAAUUGAAUUCCAGUCUGACCCUUCAUCGUUUCAGGGCUAAACGCUUGGUCCAAUGGAGCUGUGCGGUUUGAACGCUGCAUUCCUGGCGGUAACGGCGUUAGAAAGCCCCGUCCUUGUCAACCAAACCGAGCGCCUGCCGACUCGGGCUGUCACCAGACUCGGAAGGAGGAGCGCUUGCCGCACAUGUUCGGACGAUCCCACCAUGACAGAAUCGGAUCCACUUUUUCGAGGAACGGAACUUUGGGACUUCUGGCCUCCCCAGAUCUCCAGAUCCUGUACCCACCUUACCUUGGCCUUUUGUCUACCUAUUCUCACCGAUCCUGGUCUAGUGUACCUUGACCUACAUUCAUUCCCCUGCAUCGAUACUACGGCACCCCUAGUCCUACUCCGGCUCUCUGUCCCUGAGUCCAAUAUCUCUUCCAGUGACUUCCAAGUAAAUAACGGGGCAGACAACGGGGCUACAGCUGAGGUAGGUACAUCCGGCUUGUUCUGGCUGCUGGCAUGUUGGAGCGCCACAAGCGGGAAUGUUUACGUACCGAACCGCCACUGCCGCCGGCAUGUUGGUGUACUUCAGCUAUACUGAGGUCGAGAGGGACCCGAGGGGCCUAGUGACCCUCAAGCGUAUACUAGUGUUCUGCGGGGGAUCGCAGAGCCGCGGGAAAUGAGUGAGGACCCAGUACCCCGGGCACCCCUUCGGGACAACCCCGGCCGCACGAUGAUGCUACUGUUGUAGUUCCGGGGAACGGCCGGUCGGCGGGCGG